AUGGCAGCUUUUUUCAACCACCUCACAGAGCAAUUUAAAGCCCUUGUCAUCAGCGAAUUUGUCCCACACGACCCAGUCAACAACUUCAUCAGCAAAACAGUCAUUAACGACCAAGGCGACAACUCUCUCAUCGGUCCCAACUUCCCUGACUUCUCAACAAGCACCUACAACGCACAGGGUCGAGAAUUUCGCUUCUUCCCUGAACCGGCUGGUGCAAUGAGACCAAACUGGAUCCCUGUUGGAACCAGUCGCUAUGAUGGACGCUACUAUCCCACCGGUACCUCAUGCCCAACUUACACAGUCGGCGAGUUCAAGCAGGUUGAAGCUGUUGGAACUCUCAAAAGCCAAGUCACUGUGGGCAGGUGGAAGGCUAUGUGCGAUGCUUGUUUCGAGGAUUGUGCCGAAGGCUUCUGGGAGAAGACUUGUCAGAUUGACAUGCAGACUAGACAGAUCACUUUGAACACUCAGUUCAUGGGACGAUGCGACAAGUGUGGCCAUCUGUUCCAUGAGUAUGUCCCUGGAAUUUGA